UAAUAAUAUACAUGGGCAUGGUAUCCUCUUCAACUAUUCUCUAUUAGAAAGGAUACAAGAUUGUUGCUAACUUAACUUUGAAUUUGAUAACUGCUAUAGAGAGAGAGAAAGAGAGAGAGAGAGAGAGAGAGAGAGAGAGAGAUGGAAAGGGAAAAGUAUUGUUACAGGGAUGUGCUGCCAUUUACAUCAAUGGUGACGAUGGAGUGCAUCAACGUCGGUCUCAACACCUUAUUCAAAGCAGCCACCGUCCAUGGCAUGAGCCGUUACGUCUUCGUCGUCUACGCUUAUGCUGUCGCUGCUCUUGUCCUCCUCCCUUCCCCUUUCUUCUCUCGCAGAUCAACAGAGCUGCCUCCUCUCAACUCCUCCAUCGCAUGUAAAAUCUUCCUUCUCGGGCUGAUCGGGUGUACGUCUCAGAUAUUGGGAUAUACAGGGAUCAAUUACAGCUCUCCCACACUUGCUUCAGCCAUCAGCAACCUCGUCCCUGCUUUCACUUUUAUACUUGCCCUCAUUUUCAGGAUGGAAAAGCUAGCACUGAGAAGCUCAAGCAGUCAAGCUAAAAUCAUAGGCACCGUAGUAUCAAUUUCAGGAGCAUUUUUAGUAACUCUCUACAAAGGCACACCUAUUGUAUUGAAUCCAUCACCUGCCAUUUCACUUAAUCAGCCCCUCCUCCAAUCACCUCCGCAGUCCAACUGGCUCAUUGGUGGCCUUUUCCUCACAUCCGAGUAUAUUUUGGUUCCAAUGUGGUACAUUGUUCAGGCCCAAAUCAUGAAGGUGUACCCAGCUGAACUGACUGUAGUCUUCUUCUACAACUUGUGCGUUAGCGUCCUAGCAGCAAUUGUAGGUGUAAUUGCUGAGCCAAACAUGAGUGCUUGGAUUAUCAGACCUGAUAUAGCAUUGGUCUCUAUCAUAUGCUCGGGAAUCUUUGGGUCGUUCUUGAACAAUGCUGUCCACACAUGGGUCCUACGCGUGAAGGGUCCUGUUUAUGUUGCAAUGUUCAAGCCACUGUCGAUUGCUAUUGCAGUUGCCAUGGGAGUCAUCUUCCUCAGUGAUACUCUCUAUCUUGGAAGUGUUGUUGGAGCAACAAUAAUAUCUGUCGGGUUUUAUACUGUAAUGUGGGGAAAAGCAAAGGAAGAGAUGGCCGAGGGUAGUGAAACUGGCGACUUGGAAUGGUCGCCUGACCGGAAAGUCCCUCUAUUGCAAAGUUACAAAGCUCAAGAAAUGUAGAGCGGAUGAGUUGAAUGAGAAUGAUGCCAUAGCUAUCCUCGCAUAUUCAAAGAGGAAAAUAUGCAUUAGAUCGUCAGACUACAAUGGCGGCCUGACACUAUUAACGGUCAGAAAAGGUUUUAUGUAUAUAUGGGGAUGUAUCAUGUAUGUAUGUGUCAUAUAUGUAUAGCUUAAUUUAUCCUUGAUUAUGUGAAAUUCUCAGCAAUUUGUCUCGCA